AUGGCUUCUCCUCUGGCAAAAAGCGACCGCCAAACUACAACGCCAUUUCACUUGAAGCUCUUCUACAGAAAUGGGUCCUUCAACAGGCUUGAUGAAUUCUCUCUGAAUUCCGAACUCCCUCCUCAUGUCCAGAUCUACACAUGGCAAUCAUGCACCCUCCGCGAGCUCUCUCACCUACUCACAUCUGCACUCCCAUCUCUCCUCCCAGAUCCAGCAAUUGGCACGCGUCUUUCGUACCGGCUCAUCUUUCCCGACACGCGCACUUCUAAUCAAGCAUCAGGGCCAGGACGAUAUAUGACAAAAGACUUGGGCAGUGUGAUCAUUGGAGAAGGCGGUCCAGGAAUUCUACCAGAUGAGGAAGAGGCAGCUAUUGUGAGGGGUGGGCAAAUGGCGGGGCCACUUGGAGGAGAGCCGGAGAAGACGUUACAAGAUGCUAGAUUCGUGAUUGGGGACUACAUAUGCUGUGCCAUUACACCGCCCCCAGAGAACGGCGGUGCUGCACCUCCUCCAUCGGGUCCUUCGCGGAGUGGCUUCGGCUCUAGCAGAGGUGAUUAUGGAGGACGAGGCGGAGGUAUGGGUGCGCGAGAGAAUGGAUUUGGUGGUGGUUUUAGGGGAAGAGGUGGUCCUAGAGGGGGGGUGAAUUUUGGUGGACAAGGCUUUGUUCCUAACGGAGAGUGGCGUAGAGGGGAGCAAGUACCAGAUGGUCCUGGAGGGGGCAGAGGACGGGGAUUCGGAGGAGUUUUUGGGGGCAGUAGAGGGGGCAGUAGAGGGGGCAGAUGGUGA